CGUAGUUACCACUAGUGACGGUGUCCAAGGGUAUUCCGAUUAUCUGUUCCUUCAAGGAAUGCACGGCGACAAUGUUAUCGACAAGCGGGUCCAAGAAUUGGAUGCCAGUUCUGAGGGUUUUCAAGUAUUUUCCCUGCCUCUCGACAACUACGUCGCGGUUUGGAACCGAUGGAAUUCAUCCAGUCAGCCGGGGCAGGAGCAGUUAUCCAACAGCAAGUAGCAGUUCAAAUCAAAUAUCUUAGUUGAGGAGGUGCCGAGAUGGGUUAGGAAGACAUGGGUUUUGGGUGGUCUUAAUGGGGUUAGUGAUAUCAUGGCGGUUGGUGGCUGCCGGAGGGAUUUCAUGGCGGCGGAUGUUGCUAAUCUCUUUAGAUUUCAAGUUGGAUAGGCCUGCUCGAAGUUUUUUUUGGUAUUAAGGUUCGGAUUAAUCUGGAAUUGAACCAUGUCA